AACACUUAUUUUACUUUUUUUUCAUUCAAGAACACUUUCAUUGAUAUGUGAGUGUAGAUUUGGAAUAUCAACUAAUAACCCUCAGAUUAAGAGAAAGAAACAUUCCAUUCAGUAAGCAUAUAUCCACUCAAAACCAAUUGGUAAUUAGUGGAAAUGACGUGUAAGUAUAUAAACUAAACUUGAGUUGUCCUAAUUAUUUGUCACUUUAUAGCCUCCCUCACGUGGGACUUGGAUUCGCACGUGGGGCUUACAAACAAACACAAACAUGCAUACUGGUAAUUCAAAUGGUUAAGAGACUUGGUCCACUGACUAAGGCCUAGCUUUGAUAUCAUGUUAGACCAUCUAGCUAGAAAUCAAUUGGCAAUGGGUGAAAAAAUCCUUUGUCAUGUUAAAUGAAUGAUCUUAUUUUCUUAAUUCCUCUUUUUUAAAACUUUUAUGCAUUCUCUGCUUGUAUUAUUAUGUUUUGAGUACAACUUCAACAUGUCUAGUUUUUGUAAUUAUAUAUUCUCUCCUAUCAUCAAUACUUGAGCCAGAAUUUUAAGUUUUGUUAAUCAUAUGUCAUCACAUUUUUAUUGUUUAGUAGUACACAUGGGGCAUGACCUAAAGAAGUGUCGGACACAGGUCCAAGAAUGUUCGAGGAGUGUCUGUGCUUCAUAGAUAUCAGAAGUGGUUAAUAGCAUGAAAGACUUGAUUGAUUACAGCCGAGAAAAUAGUAUUGGACCAAUGGUCGCUUCAAAGGGUGAGACGGUGCUGGUAGUGAAGGAGAGCUUGGCCAAGUUCCCUAGAAGGACAGCUGCGUCAUCUGGGUUUCAUAGUCAACCUCAACAACUGGAUGAACCGCAGCAGCAGCAGCAAACAGUGGCUCAGAACUCAAACAAUGAUAGCUCUGUCCAGGCAACUGCAAUGCAACUUGCUUCCAGCAAUGGUUUGCCUAGUGUAAAUAACCCUCUUAACUCGGCAUCAGCAAUUUCCUCCGCUAGUACCAUUGUUGGGAUUCUCCACCAGAACUCUAUGAACUCGAGUCAGCAAAACCUGAUGAAUAGUGUAAAUAGUCCCUAUGGAGGAAGUGGUGUCCAGAUGGCAUCCCCAGGUUCCUCUAGUACAUUACCACAGGCUCAACCCCAGCCUUCUCCAUUUCAAUCACCGACACCAUCCUCAUCUCACAAUCCACCACCGACUUCUCAUAGUGGCUUAACUGCAGGAACACACAUUAACUCUGCAAAUUCCCCAAAUAUUUCCAUGCAACAUCCUGCUCUUUCUGGUGAUCCUGACCCAAGUGAUUCUCAGAGCUCUGUCCAGAAAAUCUUACAGGAAAUGAUUAUGUCUAACCAACUUGGUGGGGGCAUGGUUGGUGUUGGUUCGAUGGGGAACAGCAUGAAAAAUGCCAAUGGAUCAUUGCCAACAGGCAAUAGUGCAGGUCUCAAUGGUGGCAACAAUGCAGUGGGGAAUGGGAUAGCCAAUGGUAACUCUGGUAUUGGGGUUGCAGGAUUUGGUAACAUGGGUAAUGGACUUGGCCAGUCUGCCAUGGCUAAUGGAUUUCGAGCCGCAAUGGGUAAUAGUCCUGUGACUAUGAAUGGAAGGGUUAGCAUGGCAAUGGCACGAGAUCAGAAUAUGAACCAUCAGCAGCCGGAUCUGGGGAACCAACUGCUUAAUGGUUUUGGAGCAGUCAAUGGUUUCAGUAAUCUUCAGUUUGAUUGGAAACCAUCUCCGUGA